CCCGCGGCAGAGCCCGCUGUCGCUUUCGCUCUCCGCGCGCAACGCGCUGCCUCCACGCAACAGGGACCGCUUCCCGACGCUCCCCGAUGGCCACCUCAAGGUCGUGCUCUACGUGCACAACCGGCCCCGCUACCUUCGCCUCGUCGUCAACAGCCUCUCCCGCGUCGAGGGCAUCGGCGAGGCGCUGCUCAUCGUCAGCCACGACGGCUACUUCCCGGAGAUGGACAAGAUCGUGCAGGGCAUCGACUUCUGCCAGGUCAAGCAGGUCUUCGCGCCCUACUCGCCGCACCUCUUCCCGGACGCCUUCCCCGGCGUCAGCCCCGGGGACUGCCGGAGCAACGACAAGGCCAAGGAGAAGGGGUGCCGGGGCGAUCCGGACCAGUACGGCAACCAUCGGGCUCCCAGAAUCGUGUCCCUCAAGCACCACUGGUGGUGGAUGAUGAACACCGUGUGGGAUGGGAUGGAGGAGACCAGGGACUUCGAUGGCCACAUUCUCUUCAUCGAGGAGGACCACUACAUCUUCCUCAACGCGUACCGGAAUGCGCAGCUGCUUGUGGAUUCGAAGCCGAAGAAGUGCCCCCAGUGCUACGCUAUCAAUCUGGCGCCGUCUGAUGUUAAGUCGAAAGGUGAAGGUUGGGAGAGCUUGGUCGCCGAGAAGAUGGGUAACAUUGGCUAUGCCUUCAAUAGAACAGUGUGGAGGAAGAUUCAUGCCAAGGCUAAGCAGUUUUGUGCGUUUGACGAGUACAAUUGGGAUAUAACCAUGUGGGCAACGGUGUACCCGUCGUUUGGAGCUCCUGUUUACAGUCUCAGGGGGCCUAGGAGAAGUGCUGCGCAUUUUGGUAAAUGCGGUCUGCACCAAGGUCAGGGUUCGAGCAACGUCUGUGUGGAUAAUGGUUCAGGAGCUGUGGAAUUAGAGGAUGCGGAUAAGGUCCCUAAUAUUAAAGCUGAUUGGCCAGUCCGCGUAAUUCAGAGGCAGGAGGGAUAUCAAGCUGGGGUUUCAAAUGAUGGGGUGGCUGGGGUGACCGGCGUGAUCGUGAGCUAUGUUUGAGUUUUGCAUACAUGUACCAUGUUAAAGACCCAUCAUCAUUGUAAUUCAGAGUAUAGGCACACGUUUUUUUGCA